GUUAUAUGAAGACAAUGGAAAUAUCAAAACUUCUGGCAGAAAAAGAGGAGCUGGAACUAAAAAUUCAGGAGCUUACAAAUAAAAAUAUACAAUUGGCCAAAGAAAAAGAGAAACUUUGUGAACAGUAUGAAGAAAAGCUGAGCAGGAAAAAUAGUUCAGAUGAGUCUGGGCAGCUGGAAAAACUCAGACGAGAGAAUGAGAGUCUCAGCUGCAAGGUGCAGAAACACGCUGAAGAAAAAGCAGAGCUCCUACGAGAAAAUAAUGACCUCAAAGACGAACUUUAUCGAAAGACAACACUGAUGUCAUUAAUGACAUUAGAAAACAAAGAGCUCCAAAAUAAGGCCGAGAUGGUGACAUUCAAAAAUCUUGAACUGACGGAUGAGAAAGAGGAGCUCUGCAGAGAGUAUGAAGAAAGACUGUGGAGAGAGACACAACUGAGGAAGGGCUGCUGCACCUUAUUGAUGGGCAGAGACCGGAUGGACCAGAGACCUGGCAGCAGUGAGUGCAAAAGAGGCGCUGUGAGUGUCUGCCAAACAAAUGCAGAUGUUGCAGAAAACAAGACAGAAGCGCAACAAGAUAAAAUGAAGCCUCAAAUGGAAUAUAAAUUAAAUGAGAAAUGGCUGAAAGCUUCAGUGGACAACCUCAAAAUAAAAAAUCAAGGAACCCGGCCAAAUAUCCUGAGGUGGCUUCAGCAAUCGCUGAAAGUCCUGAAAGAGGAUUCCUCUGAACAGUACACCCUGCCAAAAUGGCUUAAAGCAUCCAUCAGCAACCUCCCAAAGGAAUGUGCUGAGGCAUCCAGGGAGGAUGUGAAUGGUUGGCUAGAAGGAUCGAUAAAUCAUCUCCAAGAAGAAGGGCCAGAAACCUGUGAUUUAGAUGUGCAGGGAUGGCUUGAAGCAUCUAUUAUAGGCAUUCAACACCUACUAAAGUCCAAAUCAAAGUUUCGACGAAGCCAAAUAAAAGGGAUGGCUUGA